ACGGCUCUGUCAUUCUGACAUUUCGCGUUGCAUUGUGUGGAAGGCUUUUGUUAUUUCUCUUGCUAGAUUCGUCACAUUUUUGACAGCUCGCUGGCUUUUCUGAAGCUGUAAGUUGAAAUUUUCUCAACCAAUUUUCGUUAGUUCAAGUAGUAGAAAAUUUGUUGAAAACAGUAUCAAAGUAGGCAAGUGCCAACGGGAGUUAAGGGAGAUUCAAUUUGGUACCGAAGCAAGGGAAUAACCAGCGAAUCAUUGCGUUGUUAAGUGUAGUGAAAAGUGGACUCGGGAUUCUGCUGUCGAAGAAGGCGCAGCGGUUUGAAUUGUGUGAGGAGAAAACUCAAGCAAACAUUUCAGUGGCCGCGCUCGUUAUUUUUCUAGGCAAAAAAGCUACUGUCAAGCGAUUAUUCCCGGAACAAGUCCGGAUAUUUUUGUUCCCGGUGCCCUAGAAAAGCCGUCAAGAUUGAGGAAAUAGAGGAAAUCGUGGAGACCGAGGAGGUCAUCCUCUCUCCAGAUGAAAUGCAACAUGAAGAAUACGAAAUUACUUCAAUACCGAUCGAGACUCAUCAAACCAUCAAAAGGACGGACAUUCGCGAUUUGUCUCGGGAGGCAAAUUUCCAAGCCAAAUUACUUCAGCAAGAAAAUGAAGCCCAAGAGCUUAAUUUUCAACCUGCAUCCAGCGCCGAAGACACAGAAGGUUCGGACCAAGAACACGCGAUUGGUGAGCACAACUUCAGUACCGAGCACGAAGGCGAUCACACUGAACUAGAAGGAAUAAGUCCAAAUAAUUCGGCAGCCAUACGAAAACGACGGGGUAACUUGCCCAAGCACUCUGUUAAAAUUUUAAAGCGCUGGCUAUACGAACACCGAUACAACGCCUAUCCCAGUGACGCUGAAAAAGUGACUCUCUCGCAAGAAGCCAACCUUACAGUACUGCAGGUCUGCAACUGGUUCAUCAAUGCAAGGCGAAGGAUUCUACCAGAGAUGAUUCGACGAGAAGGCCACGAUCCGAUGCAUUAUACAAUUUCUCGGAGAGGUAAAAAGCUCAACAGUCAGCUGAUAAAUAUGCCGAAUCCUAUCACAAUGAGUCCGGCAUCGGAGGUUAUUGUCGGCGCCACGGAAGAAAUAAUUGAAGAAGAAGAAGUUAUUGAGGAAGGUGUACCUACCCUUAUGGCCUCCCACAUUGGUCAGCAAUACGUACAAACUCCGGCAGGACUGGUGAAGGUCGAGGAGGAUGUUGAUUUCGAAGAUCAUAUUAUUUAUCGCUACUCCUAUAACAUUCAUUCCUAUCGCGCCCAACAACCUGUUUUCAAUCACAUUCCCAAGCGACCAAGAAAAAUCCCGAAACGCAAGAAACUUCAAGAACUAAUCAAGCUUAAUAAGAAAUUUGAAAGGUCUGACGAAAGCAAUAUAGAAUAUGAGUAUCCCGAUGAAGACGAUGAGCUUCAAACUGAACAUGCUGAUUGGGACGGUAUGAUACGGUAUGCUCACGAUAGAGUUGAUGAAAUUCCAGAAGAAAUAACCGAAGAAGAGGUCAUUGCAUCGGAUAGCCCUGAGUACUUUACGGCAACAAAUAUUGCUCAUCUUCCACAGACUAUUAGUACUGUCCCUGACAGAACCACGGUAGCGCAAACAGCCCAAAUAGUUACAGCCAGUCCUAUUCCUAUUGGCCUUUCUCGGGUUCACGUAGUGUCCGGUAUAGCGAGUAAACAACAAACUGUUACUAGUGUAGCGAACCCAGUUGUAACGGCAAUAAAGCAGGGUAGCACAACUAUUGUGGCAACGCCGAUGCAGAUUGGUAAAGCGACGGUGAAGAAGAUAAUCACCACCAGUACCCCAAGCACGCCAGUUGUGGAGAUGUCGACGGCCAAAGCGAUAACACCAACGAUAGUAACCGCCACUUUGAACAACACCAAUACGCUGAACAACAACAACAAUAGUAGCAGCAACAAUAACACCCAGAACAAUUCACAGCACACGACAACGGCCGUUAAAGUCAAAGGUGUCAUCCGAGAUGAUAAAGAUCAGUUUAAAUGCCUCUACCUACUGGUAGAAACAGCAGUCGCGGUUCGUCAGCGGGAAAAAGAGCAAGAUGAUGUACACGUUCUCGGUAACUAAUAGCACCAAACAUGUUGGAUAAGCAUAGUUUCUUCCUGGCCCCGACUUAGUUUCCCUGUGUCCUUUCAUCUCAUCUGCCAUUUUUCGUCAGCAUGCGCCGAUACGUCGCAGUUACGAGGUAAACACAAACAACAUCAUUUUAUAAGUCAUUGUAGUAGCAGAUAAAUUUGUUAUUUUUCUAUGGAACAAAGUAGAAGGCGCGAAACAGUCUAAAACGUGAGAAUUUUUCUCUAUAUACUUCUGACAGAUUUAAGCUAGGUGAUAAUAAAGAGAUAAAAAAAGAGCAUGAUAUUCAUCAUGCUUACACAAACACAAUUCAAUAAACACAACACAAUAUUGUAUAUACCUACAUAAACUAUAUACAUUAAAUCUAAUCUUAGGGCGUAUAUUUAAUGCGAAAAGAUCAUGAAAAAGUAGAAAGAACUACUAUUAAAGAUUAACUAUUACUAUUAGCGUGUAAGGGCAGUAAAGAGAACACAGAAAGAGAGGGCGGACGCGAUUUUCCUCUGACUUUAACUAUUCUUUUAACGGCAAAUUUGAGAACCUUCGUUUACUUUGUUCCAUUUUAUUCAAGAUCGUUUAAAGCUUUUAACAAUAUUUGAACUUCUCUCUACAAAUAGAAAUCAGAAGAUAGAAUUUUUGUGUGUCCUAUCAACUCAAAUGAAUCCGUUUUGAAAACUGGAAUAAAACACCUGGACAAAAUAAUCUAUUCCUUGAAAAUCCACUCGAGAAGCAGCAAGCGUUCCUUUCCUGUGUUUGAAUGAAACGAAGUAAGCAAUCGGAUGGAAAUUUUAAAAGAAGAAAAAAUCGGUGUGAUAGCUGAAAAUGUUAAUCAGUUUUGUGGGUUUUGGUUGGAUAUUUCAUUCUGAUUUUGAUUUACUGGACCUGGUAUUUGUUUUUUUUUUCAUCCGUACAAUCGUAAAAUAGUCAUAAUAACGCAAUUUCGGAGAACAACUCAAGCAAACAGUAGUCGAACCUGUAUUAGGCGUAUUCCUGUCGAUUUUAUUCAGAAUUUUACUAUCAGCAAUAGUUUACUCGCGUGUUUUGCUAACGCAUUUUUUAUUCAUUUUAUUUCAUUUACACCUCUACCGAUUUCCAUUUCAAUCACAUCGACAUCUAUGUUCGUCUCUGGUCUUAAUUAAUUUGAGCAAUUUCGAUUAUUAUUUAUCUGUCUUGUUCAUUCGAAACAAAAAGUGAACGCGGCAGUUUAGAAUUUCGGUACAGUUAGAAAAGAAUCGAACUCUCAUUAUUAAGUACGUUUUAUAAAUAAAUGUAAAAAAUAUAUUAUAGAAAUAAUCAAAAAUGAGAAAAUAAAAUCUAUUACAUAUAAA